UUCAGAGGCGUAAAGAUAGAGAGAUAUUAGGGUUGCCGCUGCUCUUCUUCUCCAGGGAGAGCAGCGGCCAGUUUUUAUACGAUUUUUCAGGUAUACUACUUAAAGGUCAGAUUUUUCAGGUUGUUAUGGCAAAAGCACUUGACUUAGUGAACAUCACCCCACAAAUGAGAGGAUGGAGUUGUCAAGUACGUAUUGUGAAAACAUUCGAUGAAAAGUUGUCAAGCAACACACCUGGAAAACGUUUCAUGCAAAUCCUGCUCGAAGACAAACAUGGAAUCCGAGUUCAAGCGGUGGUUUUUGACAACGACAUCCCAAGAUACAACUCCACACUCCAUCUUGACUCCUGCUACACCAUUUCCAAUGCGAGUGUCAAACCUCAACG